UCUGGGCCCGCACAGCCCCCCAAGAGGAGGUACUUCCGACAUCUUGCCGCAGGCAGUGCCGGGAGGCUGGCCUUGGGGCGCCUCGCCCUCGCGGGGCCCUGGGGCUGGGGCACCCCCCUCCGGCGAACGAGUCACCGACCACGGCGGCGAGCGCCCGCCUCUGCUGAGAGGGGGGGGUCAGCGGCCAAGGGCUCCGCGGGGCCGGCCAGCCGCGUGUGCCCUCGGUCCGCCCUCUGCGCCGCCCGACGGCCGGCCGAGCGGCUGUGCCAUGGCAGAGCGGCGCGGCCUCUGCGCGGUCUGCCCGGCGUGCCUGCGCCCGCUGGACUCGGACCUCGUCGCGAGCGGCUGCAACCACGUGUUUCACCGCGCUUGCCUGGCGGACGCGGGCCUGAAGCAGUGCCCGAAGUGCGGCGACGCCGCCUUCAAGGAGCGCACGCAGACCCUCUACAGCGUCAGUUUCGGCGCCUGCGGCGACUGCGCUGGGCCCGGCUCCGCUGCGCCGGCAGUGGGCGUCGUAGAUGACAGCGACGACGACGUCAUCGUGGACACCGUCGAGGCGAGGAUCAGCAGAGAGGUCACCCAGAUCCUCCAGCUGGAGCGCUCGGUGAAGAGCCAGCGGCGGGAGCUUGACGACAAGCAGAGGGAGCUGGCGCAGCAGAAGGAGCAGCUGGAGCAGCAGGAGCAGAAGCGGGCAUCCAGGGUGCAGGACACGAAGCGGCUCGCGGCGCAGCGCCUGUCACAGCAGCAGGAGCUGGAAACCGCCAGGCUGAAGUGCCAGUCCCUCCAGGAGGAGCUGAACAGACUACGGCUCCGCGACACGAUUCUCGACUACACGGACCUGCGGCGAAGCUCUGGGGACGAGUCUGCCCUGCAGUUCUUGACCACGAUGGUAAGCACCGUGCAGGAUCCGAGCAAGGUGAUCGUGGACAUGACACGCCUGCGAGGGCACUACCGCACGCACAUGACGAAGUGGCUGAAGGAGACGGGCGCCGCCAAGCAGCAGCUGUCGAAGGUCCGACGGGAGCUCGAGGAGCAGAAGCGGGCCGCCGCGGAGGCGGAGGCCAGGCUGGAGCGCACCGGCGGAGCUCCCGCCGACCGGUCCCGCUCGCCGGCCGCAGGCGGCCGCCUGCCGCGGAGGUGACCCGCCUCCGCGUCGACCGCACGGUUCUGUGGCGUCCAGGCCGCCAGCCUGGCUGAGGGUGACGGGGUCAUGUCACCAGGACUGCCAGGGGCCGCAGUCGGAUGGAGUCCUCAGGGCGCACGCUUGCGCUCGAGGGGGGGAUCAAAAAACACGACACAUCGAACGCAAGGCUGUUUGCACCAUGCUGUGCUGCCUUUACGUCUGUAUGGCACGCAUGGCUGCAUGCGUACAUACAUGAGCGCACGCGCACACGUUUAAAAAUGCAGCGGAUCGCCGCCUCCGCAAGGGCCGCACACACAGUAGCAGCUUCCUAUCUCCUGAUCUCCAUGGCGUAAUGCUA